UAACUUAAACGUCGAGUUGAGAAGUUUAAAUUUUAUAAGUAGCUGGCAAGCGAUGCCGAUUGCAAAACUAAAAUCGAAUUUAUUCGAGAAAAAUUUAUUUAUUCAUUAAUUAAAUAAAUAUAUUAUUUGUAAAAAAAAAAAAGAAUAUUUCCUUUCGUUAUUUGAAUUAAGAGAGUGAAGGAAAGAAAAAAUGCCGCCAGCGAAUGUGUGCGCAAAUUUAACGAUAGCCUUUUAUACAAUAAUUAUUGUAAUGCAUUUUGCCGGCUGUCAGAUGCAAGAAGAGUUAAAUGCAACUUCUAGGCCAGCAACACAAGAGACUCAUUGGCAGCAACGAACUACGAGACCGACAACAACACGAAAUACUGCCACACGUUGGAGAGCGGCUCCCAACCCUAAUACCUAUAACUGUGAUUAUAAAGAUUUAUUAACCAAGAUGCAUGACCGCGUCAAUUUACUGGUAUCAAUGGAUGAAGAUCAACGCAAACAUUUGGAUAACAUUGAUAAGAAAAUUGUUCAGUUUGAGGCGAGCAAUUUGGCGCGCAUGGAGUCGCUGGCUGUGCAGCAAUUAAAUUUUCACAAACGCAUCGAUGUUGUGGAGCAUAUGCAACGCCUAACGCGCGAGAGCGUCGUCGAGUUGUUAGGUGAAUUCGAAACAUAUACGAAGAAACUCAAUCACACUGAUCAAUCACACAAUAACAAAGCAAAUAUUGAUUUAAACGAAUUGAAUACUGUACGCAAAGCUCGUCAAUUACCGCAGCAAUACAAUCAAACUACACUAGGUAGUGGUGGUGGUAAUAUUGGCGAUAACGACUUUUCCAAUUCACAAAAGUUAAACGCUAUGGCGGUGUUUUUGGUUUCACUUAGAACGGCCGUAAAAGAUUUACAAAACGAUUUACAAACCAAUGUUACCCGUCUUCUGCAACAAACUGGAAAUGUUCAAAGGCGUUUCAAUAACUUGAUCAGACGACAACUUAACCAACUUAGUUAUUUACCCCCUCACCUGGCGUCAGCAUCACAACCGCAAUUGGUGACCAGUUGUGCUCAAAGUGAUGCACCUGUGCGGGGCAUACUACGUUUGCAAUUGACAAGCUCUUCGGAACCGUUUUAUGUUAUGUGCGAUAGCCAGUCCAUGGGCGGCGGUUGGACAGUGAUCAUGAAUCGGUUCAAUGGCGAUAUAAAUUUCGAGCGCGGCUGGCUCGACUACAAAAACGGCUUUGGCAACUUGGCCGGUGAAUUUUUCAUCGGUCUCGAUAAAUUGUACGCUUUAACUGCUGUUGAGAUAAACGAAUUGCUGAUUGUCUUGGAAGAUUUUCCAGGCAAUCGUAAAUACGCCCGAUAUAAUUUGUUUGCCAUUGGGAACGAACAGGAAAUGUACGAAUUGAAGUUGCUGGGCAAAUAUGAAGGUGACGCUGGCGACUCGUUUAGCUAUCAUGCCGGCAGUAAAUUUUCUACUUAUGACAACGAUAAUGACGGUUGCGUCGAUUGUAAUUGCGCUCAGUCGCAUAAGGGCGCCUGGUGGUAUAAUUGGUGCGAUCAAAGCAAUUUGAUGGGUCCGUAUCAUUCUAUGGAUGACAAUAAAAUCGAACAAUACCGCGGCAUGUACUGGCAAGACUGGCUGGGUCCCACUUACUCUCUAAAAGCAGCUAAAAUGAUGAUACGUCCCAUUAAUUGGGAUCAGGAUGCUCGUAGACGUUGAGUUUCUCUCUUUUCUUUCUUUUUUUUGUAUUUGUUUUUUUUUUUUUUGUUUUUUUUUUUCAUUUUGUACAAAACUCAUAAAUGUGUUCAAAUAUUUGAAGAGCGAUGUUUUAUAAGUACAUAUAUACAUACAUAAUACAUAAAUUAUUAUUCUUUAAUACAGUAUUUAUUAAAAAGUAACUGCUUCUAAUAAAAAAAGAAUAAAUGCUUACGUCAUCUUACUUAA